GGCGGCUGAGCGGACACAGAGCGACUUGAAGGCGUCCGCUCGUGCUGCUGUAGUGUCGGGGUACUUGAAAACCCUUCUUGGUGCAAUCCUUGCGGAAGUAGAGAGGGGGUGGUGCUAUGCUUCUUUUGGAACAUUACCAGCGCGAGGUGCUUGCAUGUAUCGCUCUCGCAGCAGGGCUUGCCGCCCUCCUGCUCUGGUGGUCCCCCGGCAUGAGCGAGGGUAGAAGCAGCGGUGGAGUUGGCACGAGCGGCAGCAAGAAACCGCUGGCGCACACUCCAGGCAUUCGAGCUGUUUGCGUGCAGGAUUCUUUCACGCAGGGCUCGCAUGGCGGCGGAUGGGGGUCGUCCGCUUCGUCAACAGGACAGGGGGACGGGCCAGCCGCGGCAAGCAGCAAGUGGGAGCAGAGCAAGCAGAAGGGAGAUCUGGGUUACUACUUCGCUCACCACAUCACCAUGAAGGAGCUCGCUCCAGAAGAUUACCAAAUGAACGGCCCGAAACUGCUCAGCAAAGUAAGUAUGCGCAAGGACAGCAGUGCAGAACCUCUCGUGUAACUGAUUUGAUCGAAACGUCCUGUCAUUUGUCCUUUUCCUUGUUGGUUUUCAGUCAAACUCCAUGUCUUGUCGGACGUUGUCUUGUGCAUGGCGAAAUAUGGGCGUCCUCGUACAAUCCGGCGCAUACUUGCAAAUAGAGAUAAUUUUGGGCGACAUCAUGGAUUUACUUGUUCUUAGGCAUGGGGAGCGGUCUCAUCCCCUUUGUUCGUUCGUCAGCGUUCAACUCUCAGCGCAAGUUUCUGAAGAAAGUCGACAUGUUCCUCUUCCAACUCCUAGGUGUGAACGGUUCUUCACACUCCCUCCGAUCACCUUCAGCGCGACCCUGCGAUACCACCUCCGGACCCAACGGCGCAAGACCCAACGGAAGUUCGUCCGCUUGCUCCCCUCCCGUGACGACGCGGCGUCGCCGACCUCAACAAAUCUCGUCCUACGCUUGGGAAGACUACGGCGAGGAAGUCCGGCUCACAUUUCGGCAAUCCGAGUGGGAGUGGGCCAAGGUGGACGCGGAAGAGAUAGAGAUUGAGUGGGGCUCUCGGCGGUUCCGAAUGUCCAUCGACAGCAGAGAGUACGGUCUCCACACGAUUGACCUCCAGAGGUUGAGCGGCGAUGUGGUAGGGGUGAGGGCCCGGAAGCUCAAGACCAGGCUAGUCGUGGCCCUCGUGAAAGGGGGACGACAGGGAAGCUACAGCCACGGGCCGGCUUGGAGCAAGCUGCAAGCAGCUCCCGAAAAACCCAGCGAUUGAUCGCGCGGCGGGAUAUGAUGGUGGCGGUUGUUGGUGUCAGUGCACUCAACUGAAGUGUGUCAUGCUGAUUUACAGCUGGUACUACGUAAGGCCACAUCGUAGCUGGGUGAGUGUGCUUGAUGGGUCUCAUGUUGCCCGUACGGUGUGAUUUGGGUGGGGCCCUGAUAUUGAAUGCAUUGCAGUCUCCCGUGCGUGUGCCGCGGUGUCGCGAGUCAGACAAAGUCACAAGUGUUUUUAACCGUGUGCGGUCACUCGGAGCGAGGGAGGCUUUAUUGCAAGCCCUGGACUCGCUUGUUCAGUCCGAGCUGGGCAUGUGCUGCGCAAUAACCGCGCGCAUACGUACCAAGAGGAGGACUGGGGGUUGUUGCACCACUCGCGACCCAACAUCUCUCUACCACUUCGUUGCGCGCCUUCGCCGGCUGCGGCAAGAAACACGAGUCAUUGGUUGUAAACACCUCCUUUCCCAGAAAGAAAUGUGCCGUCUUCUGGAUCUCGUGACGGUUUCAAUGAAACCAGUGCACGAGGCAUUUGCCCCUGAAAGUAGCAACAACAGCAACAACACAUACCCCCGCCGCAAACACGCCACCAGUAAAGCGUCUGCAACGCUUCCUCGUCUACUACGGAGCACCGUGCACACCGAGGCCUCGCACCCGGCUGC